CUUGGCUUCGUACUUUUCGAAGAUGGCGUCCGUGGCGAUAGAGUCGCCGGAAAUUGAGGCCGCGAGCCUGCACAUCGCGGUCCCCUGGUACAAUCACAUAUACGGCGUCCCCUUCCUCACCCUCUACCCCCUCCUCGCAUAUGCGUACUACGUCAAGUACGACGAGUGGAUCAUCAGCGAGGAGUGGACGUUUAUCUACUGCGUCGCCCUCGGGACGACACACGCGCUCAGUUUUCUCUUCACGAAGUGGAGCGCGGCAGCAAGAGCGUGGAUCACCACACGGCGGGCGCGCUCGGUCGAGGAGGCGGACUGCAUCCGGAUCAUCCCCAAGCAGCAUCGCGGCCACGGCGACAUCGUCCCCCUGGAGAAGAAGAACGGCACGUACACGUUCAACUACCAGCGCGACACGUACACAGCCCUCUCCACGUCCCCCCUCACCUUCGGCCGGCUCCCGUACCCGAGCAGCGCGCACCCGCCCCUCUCGACCUUCCUCGCGCCCAAGGGGCUGAAGGAGCAGGACGUGCCCGGCCUCAUGACGCUGUACGGCGGCAACGACUUUGACAUCCCGAUCCCCACGUUCAGCGAGCUCUUCGUCGAGCACGCCACCGCGCCCUUCUUCGUCUUCCAGAUCUUCUGCGUCGCGCUGUGGUGCCUCGACGAGUACUGGUACUACUCCCUCUUCACGCUCUUCAUGCUCGUCGUGUUCGAGUGCACGGUCGUCUGGCAGCGCGUGCGCACGCUCACCGAGUUUCGCACCAUGAGCGUGCAGCCAUUCCCAAUCCAAGUGUAUCGCGACGGGAAGUGGGUGGAGAUGCAGACCGACAAGUUGCUCCCGGGCGACGUCGUUAGCAUCGUACGCGGACAACACGAAACUACGGUUCCCGCAGACAUCCUUCUCGUCAACGGCACCUGCAUUGUUAACGAGGCCAUGCUCUCGGGCGAGUCAACCCCCCUUCUCAAGGAAUCUAUCCAGCUUCUGGAGGCUCACGAGCCCCUCGACGUCGACGGCCAGCACAAGAAUGAGGUCCUCUUUAGCGGUACCAAGGUCCUGCAAGCCUCGCCCUCCGUCCAGAUCGCAUCCCCGAUCAAGACACCCGACGGCGGCUGUCUCGGCGUUGUCCUCCGCACCGGCUUCGGCACCGCGCAGGGCCAGCUUGUGCGCACCAUGAUCUUUUCGACGGAGCGCGUCUCGGCGAACAACCUCGAGAGCUUCCUCUUCAUUGGCUUCCUGCUCAUCUUCGCGAUCUGCGCGAGUUGGUAUGUUUGGGUGCAUGGUCUCGAGCGUGGCAUGCCCAAGGGCAAGCUGCUCCUCGACUGUGUACUCAUCAUCACGAGUGUCGUACCGCCUGAACUGCCCAUGGAGUUGUCAAUGGCGGUCAAUGCAUCCCUUGUCGCCCUGUCCAAAUAUGCCAUCUUCUGCACCGAGCCCUUCCGCAUCCCCUUUGCCGGACGCGUGGACGUUUGCUGCUUCGACAAGACCGGCACGAUCACCGCGGAGAACCUCGUCCUGGAGGGUGUCACAUAUACUGACAAGAACCUCAUCAACGUGAAGGAGGCCCCUCGGGAUACCGUUCUGUGUCUCGCCGCUGCGCACGCCAUGGUCAGGCUUGAUGACGGCACCGUCGUCGGAGACCCUAUGGAGAAGACGACCUUAGAGAGCCUAGGAUGGGUGGUAGACAAGGGCGACCAAGUGCACCCCGGCCCGGACUCAAAGUACGACCGUAAGGCGUCUCUGAGGAUCCGCCGCCGCUUCCAGUUCUCCUCGGCGCUCAAGCGCAUGUCGACGGUGUCUUCGCUGCCUGGUGGUGAGAUUGUAGUCGCUGUCAAGGGCGCUCCUGAGACUAUCAAGGGCAUGCUGAAGAACGUACCCGAGGGGUACGACGAGACAUACAAGUGGUACACUCGCAGGGGCAGCCGUGUCCUGGCGCUCGGCGUCAAGCUCAAGGAGGCGCUGACUGUGGAGAAGAUCAACAAGCUUCCCCGCGAAAUGGUCGAAAGCGAGCUUGACUUUGCUGGAUUCAUCAUUUUCCACUGCCCCCUGAAGGAGGAUGCGGUUGACACGCUGAAGAUGCUGGCGGACUCGUCUCAUCGGUGCAUCAUGAUUACUGGCGACAACCCUUUGACUGCCGUACACGUCGCUCGCGACGUUGAGAUCGUGGACCGCGAGGCGCUCAUCUUGGACCUGAAGGAGAACCCAGCGAACGAGCGUGAUCUUAUCUGGCAUACCGUUGAUGAAAGCAAGGUCAUCCCGGUCAACCCCGACGAGCCCCUGGACACCUCCCUCUUCCAGCAGUACGACAUCUGCGUCACCGGCGCCGCGCUCAAGCUCUACGAACCGACCCCCGCCUUCGAACUCCUCGUCCAGAACACCUGGGUCUACGCGCGCGUCUCGCCCGCGCAGAAGGAGCACAUCCUCACCGCGCUCAAGUCCGCCGGCUACGUCACGCUCAUGGCCGGCGACGGCACGAACGACGUCGGCGCGCUCAAGCAGGCGCACGUCGGGGUGGCGCUGCUCGACGGCACGGUGGAGGACCUGAAGAAGAUCGCGGAGCGGCAGCGGCUCGAGCGGAUCAAGCAGGUGUACGAGAGCCAGCUGAAGCUGUCGAGGCGGUUCAACCAGCCGGUGCCGCCGGUGCCGCCGGCGAUUGCGCACCUGUACCCGGAUGUGGCGGAGGCGCAGAGGCAGGCGGCGGCGGCGCAGCAGGUGGCGAGGCAGCAGAAUCCGUUGCAGAAGUUCGACAUGACGGCGAUCACGGACAAGCUUGCGGACAUGGACGAGGACGAGGCGCCGAAGAUCAAGCUCGGCGACGCGUCUUGUGCUGCGCCGUUCACCUCGAAGUUGUCGAAUGUCUCGUCUAUCGCGCACAUCAUCAGGCAAGGACGCAGCACACUCGUCGCGACCGUGCAGAUGUACAAGAUCCUUGCGUUGAACUGCCUCAUCACGGCGUACAGCUUGAGUGUGCAGUACCUCGACGGCAUCAAAUUCGGCGAUUACCAGGUCACGGUGACGGGUAUGCUCAUGUCGGUCUGCUUCUUGUGCAUUUCGCGCGCAAAGCCCGUUGAGAAGCUCUCGCGCGAGCGGCCCCUCGGCAACAUCUUCAACCUCUACGUCCUGUUGUCCGUCCUCUUGCAGUUCGCGCUGCAUAUCGGAACGCUAGUGUUCAUCACGAACCUGUCGAGGGCUUAUGAGGACCGCGGAGAGAUCGACCUCGACGCCAAAUUCGAGCCCAACCUGCUCAACACGGCCAUCUACCUGCUCAGCUUGUCGCAGCAGGUGUCGACGUUUGCGAUCAACUUCCAGGGCCGGCCCUUCCGUGAGGGUAUUCGCGAGAACUCUGCUCUGUACUGGGGCCUCGUUGGCGCGAGCGCCGUCGCGUUCUCCGGUGCGACCGACUUCAUGCCCGAGCUCAACCGCUGGCUGCAGAUUGUGGAAAUGACCGAUGCUUUCAAGAUCCGCCUGACGCUGUCCAUGAUCCUCGACUUUGGUGGCUGCUAUGUGAUCGAGAAGACGUGCAAGUUCCUGUUCGCGGACCUGGAGCCGAAGGAGAUGGUCACCCGCGGGCGCGAGCGGCGCGAGGCGCGCCGCGCUGAGCAGGAGCGGCUAAAGCAGCUUGGGGAGGCGGAGGAGAAACUUGCCGCUGCAACUGGGGAGAAGCAAGCGAGCGCGACAGAGAAGAAGUCGCAAUGAUAGACUAAUGUAGAUGCGUGUUUAUGCUGGGCGUCUCUGAGCCCGUGUAAUUCAAGAGCUUGGUGAAGCUCCCCAUUUCCAAAC